AUGGCUGCUCCAUCAAGCAAGACCGCCAAGAACCUCACUGGCAAAUGGACUAUGACCCUUUCUGACUCCUCGGAGCCGGUACUUGCUCUCCAGGGCAUCGGCUUUCUGAUCCGCAAGGGAAUCGGCAUGGCCACCAUCACCAUCCAGGUAGAGCAGUAUGAGGGCCCUCCCAGCCCGCCCAACACGGCAGCCGACGUCGUUACCCACAUCGACAUCACGCAGUCUGCCUCGGGCCUGUCCAGCACGCAGGAGGACCGCUGCUUUGACGACUUUGAGCGCGAGCACUCCGACUGGCUGUUUGGCAACGUCAAGGGCCGCAGCCGCUGGGCGAAGCUGGACGAGGUCACGGACGAGUUCCUCAAGAAGGGCUGGGAGAUUGAGGGCGAUGGUCUGUUUAUUACAAACUCUGCGAAGAAUGAGGAGAAGGGCUGGACUGCCGAGCAGGUCUGGGGCUUCCAGCUUGUCAAUGGCGAGCGUAGGUACUGCCGAAAUGUUGUCGUGACCAAGGGAAGUGAGCGGGCUCAGAUCCGACUUGUUUACGACUUCAAUGACGAAGAGUAA